AUUGAUGAGUUGAAAAAGGAAGUGUGUAGAUAGCUUCAAACUUGUUGAUGUUGACGAUGGUUUAAAGGUACCGACGGGUAGGACUGGGAAGGAGGGUUGAGAUUGAAAUCGACUAGACUUUGGAUGAUUCAGAAAAUAAAGCAAUGACAAUUGAAGAUGCCAGAAAUAAGAAGAAAAAAAAAAAGUAUGUGUCGUUUUGUCAUGUAUGCAGUUAAUGGAAAUCUUCAACAUGGAGCAUACUAGUCAAGAGAAAAGGCUACCAAGUCAAGUUAUACAAUUAUGAUAGAGUUGAAAAUAGAGAAACAAUAGAGUUGACUAGCAAGUCAAGCAAAGUUACACUAUCUUUUCUCUAAUAAUUUAUUAAAUAUUUUACUUUUCAAAGGUAUGAUAUUCUUUAUUUAAACUGCCAAUUAAUCCCGUUAUCUUAAAAAACGUAAAGAAGAAAAUGAGGAGCUUAGUAGGUGUGUGUUUUUUGGGUUUGCUUUUCCUUGAAGUAAUGUGUUGUGAAGGGUGUUGGAAGCAAGAAAGAGAAGCUCUUAUUGCUCUGAAUUCCCAAAUGGGCAACUAUCUGUCUUGGGGAAACACCAAUGAUUGUUGUCAAUGGUAUGGAGUCGAAUGCAACACCACCACAGGAAGAGUGUCCGAACUCGAACUUGAAUCCAUGGAUGGACGAACUUGGCAAGUUAACUACUCGGAUUUGAUAUCCUUCAAAGAGUUGAAAUUUCUCAGCCUGUAUCUUACUCAAAUAUCCAAUUGUACAAGAACUGGUCAAGGGUUGAAAAAUCUGGAAGUCUUACACUCUCAUGAUAGUUUUAUGAUGGAUAAUGCUAUUUGUUUGGAUGGACUUUCAUCUCUUAAGUCUCUAUCAUUAGCUGUCGACAACACUUCAUUGCACAUUUUUCAGACAGUUUUGGAGACAAUUUCAUCUAAGUUACUGCAUCUGGAGGUUCUUAUCUUAAGUGCAGAAAACUUGACUAAUGAAAUCCUGCCUUCACUAAGGGGAUUUACAUCUUUGAAGGAACUAGUUUUGGAUGGCAUUGGAUUGGACUCGGAUCUUCAUUUUCAAGGAUUGUGCGCUAUAUUGAAGAACCUUGAGAUCCUUGACCUUUCAAACAACAACUUCAAAGACACUGAUAUUGCAUCUCCUCUUAGUAGACUUUCUUCCCUCAAGAGUUUAAGUUUACAAGGGAGUGAACUUACUAUGCAAUCAAUUCAAAAUAUAUCAAAACUCAGAUCUCUGGAGAUCCUUGAAUUGUUUGGGAACAAUUUGAACUUAUGGCCCCUAGAAAAUCAUGGGUUUGGAUUUGCAUGGCCAUCCAGUUUACAAGUUCUUUCCUUGAGCCGAAACAGUUUGAGUAACAGCAUUCUUUCAUACCUAAAUAAUCUUCCACAUCUGAAAUCUCUUGACUUAAGUGCCAACAACUUGAAAGGAUCACUUGAUAUUAGUGGAUUGUUGAAUUUAACCAGUUUGAAGAUUCUUGAUUUUAGUUAUAAUCAUAUAACCAAUUUCAUUGUUCAUAAAGGGUCAAAAAAUUUAAGCAGAUUGGAUAUUCUUGCACUAGAUUCGAAUAUGAUAAAUGGAAGCAAUCUACAAGAUUCGUUACAGGCUUUUCCAUCUAUAAAGAGUCUUACUUUGAUAGAAAAUGAAUUUAAAGGAACCAUUCUUGCCGAAGGAUUUCGUGGUUUAAGUAACUUGGAAUACUUGGCAUUGGACUACAGUUCUAACCUGGGAAAUGAGUUUUUCAAAAGUAUUGGGGACUUGCCUUCGUUAAAAGUUUUGUCAGCGUCAGAUUGUGAAAUAAAUGGUACCCUUCCAAUUGGAGAUUGGUCUAAGCUUAAGAAUUUGGAAGAGUUAGAUCUAUCCAACAAUGAAUUUGUGGGGAAACUCCCUUCAUCGUUUGUUAACAUGACUUCGCUUCGGUCUUUGACACUUGCUAAUAAUCACUUUAUUGGUAAUAUUGGUCCUAACCUUGCAAGUCUUGCUUCCCUUGAAUAUCUUAAAUUUGAAGGAAACCAAUUUGAAUUCCCUAUUUCAUUCAAACAAUUUUCCAAUCAUUCAAACCUUAAGUUCAUCUAUGGUAAUGGGAACAAAGUCAUCCUUGACUUACACUCAACUUUGGAAACAUGGGUUCCCAAAUUUCAAUUGCAAGUGCUUCAAUUGUCUUCAACAACUAAGGCAAAUUCCAUUCCACUUCCAAACUUUCUCUUUUACCAAUACAAUUUGACUGAUGUAGAUUUCACUGGUUGUAAACUAAGUGGAGAAUUUCCAAAUUGGUUAUUAGAAAACAACACAAAAAUGGAAGAUCUUACUCUCGAGAGUUGUUCAUUUGUAGGAGAUUUCCAGCUUCCUUCUCGUCCCAAUCUCAACAUGGUAAGAAUUGAUAUAUCCAACAAUGCAAUAACUGGUCAAAUGUUGAGCAAUAACAUCAGUUCAAUUUUUCCAAAUUUGAUUCUUCUAAACAUGUCUAGAAAUGCAAUUCAUGGUACAAUUCCCUCUGAGCUAUGUCACUUGAGCUUUUUAAAUGCAUUGGACAUGUCUGAUAAUCAAUUAUCUGGAGAAAUACCAUAUAACUUAACUAGAGAUGGGAAUGAUCUCACACAUUUAAGAUUUUCAAACAACAAUCUUCAUGGACUUAUACCUCCUAUGUUGUCAAUGUUCCCUCUUCAAUCGUUAUUGUUGGACGGUAAUAGUCUUUCUGGAAACAUCCCAAGUAACUUUUUUAAAUCAUAUGUCAUCCAACAUGUGGACUUAAGUAAUAAUAAUUUAACUGGGAAAAUUCCAAGCCAAAUGUCAAAUUGUACAAAUUUGAUUGAGCUCUCGAUGUCCAACAAUCAUUUUGAAGGAUCUAUACCAUCAGAGCUGGCAGGACUUGGAAGUAUUAGUUAUCUGGAUCUUUCCCAAAAUAAUUUGACGGGUUGUGUUCCAUCUUUUGUAAGUAAUUUUACCAGCUCUAUCCAUUUGAGCAACAACAAAUUACGUUGUUUGUCCAAAAACAUGUUCAGAGAAAGGUCUUCCUUAGUGACACUAGACCUUAGCAACAAUGAAAUAACAAAUGGAUUUCAUGAUUUAAUUCAUGACAUCCAUUAUACAGGAUUGAAAAUCCUCCUUUUGAAAGGCAACCACUUUAAAGGGAAUAUACCAAAGCAAUUAUGCCACCUAACAGAUUUAAAUAUACUAGACCUUUCAUAUAAUAAUUUUGUUGGGGAAAUACCUAGUUGUUUGGGUAAAAUGCCUUUUGAGAAUAAAGAUCCAGAGAUAUCAAGGGAUCGAUUCAAUGGUAUGAAUCUACAUGGACAAAAUGGCAGUGAACGAUUAGAGAAAGAAAAAGCAACCUUUACUUCAAAGAAAAGGUCAGAAACUUAUACAACAAAUGUGCUUAUUUAUAUGUCUGGAAUUGACUUGUCUCACAAUAAAUUAAAUGGAAGUAUUCCAUCUGAGCUUGGAAACUUGACAAGAAUUCGAGCAUUGAACUUGUCCAACAACUUUUUCACCGGAAAAAUUCCAGCUACAUUCUCUGAUUUGGUACAGGUUGAGAGUUUAGAUCUUUCUUUCAACAUGUUGAGUGGCCAAAUUCCUCCUCGGCUAAGUGGAUUGCACUACCUUGAAGUAUUUAGUGUGGCACACAACAAUUUAUCAGGUGCAACACCUGAAAUGAAAGGACAAUUUAGUACUUUUGAUGAAAGCAGCUACGAGGGUAAUCAAUUUCUUUGUGGGCUUCCAUUGCCAAAAAGUUGCAAUCCAAGUGGAGAAGCACUUGCUACAUUACCGAAUGGUUUGAACAGUGAUGGAGAUAAUGAUAGUUGGGUGGACAUGUAUGUUUUCCGUGUGAGCUUUGUUGUGGCAUACACAUCAAUAGUUUUGGUAAUUCCAACUGUUUUGUGCAUCAAUCCUUAUUGGAGGCAAGCAUGGUUUUACUAUAUAGGAUUGGUGUGUAUGAAUUGCUACUACUUCAUCCAGGACAACUUUUGCAAGUUCUUUUAAUAUUUGAAGUGUAUAACAUUUGAGGUGAUAUGUUUGGAUGUCUACUUUGUUUGUGUAACAUGCAAUUUCAAAUCUUACUAUCUAAACCUUGCAUUUAAAGUAAUCUUGUUUUUGUGAAGAAAUAGUUAGUACGUAUAUUUGUUUUUA